GCAGGAUUGCUGCAACUCUCAGAAGAAGGUCAGCCUUUCUCUCCGGUAGUCUUAUUAAACCAAACAACCAAGCAGUCGGUUGUUUCUACACACGGUAGGACUUAACUAUCUUAGAGGAAAUCAACGUGCAGUGACGGAAAUAACCGUCCGGGUGGUUUUUGAAUCUGACGAUGUCUGGGUCAAAAUGCACGCGGCUGAGCGGCGCGCUGGUGAAGCCGCUGCUGGACUCGGUGGACUGCGUCCUGUUUGAUUGUGACGGGGUGAUCUGGAGGGGGGACCAGGCAAUCCCGGGAGCCCCGCAGGUCAUCAACCUGCUGAAGGAGAAGGGGAAAAAGGUGUUCUUCGUUACCAACAACAGCACCAAGACCCGGAAGAUGUACGCCGAUAAAAUGUCCAAGCUGGGGUUUAACGCGACCGAGGAGGAGGUGUUCGGGACGGCGUACUGCUCCGCCGCGUACCUGCAGACGGUCUGCGGGCUGCAGGGCAAAGUGUUUCUGAUAGGGAGCCCCGCCAUGAGAGAGGAGCUGCAGGCGGUGGGGAUCCAGGAGACCGGAGUGGGACCAGACCACAUCUCCGGGAAGCAGACCGACUGGGCCAACGUGCCUCUGGACCCGGAGGUGAAGGCGGUGGUGGUCGGCUUCGAUGAACAUUUCAGCUACAUGAAGCUGAACAGAGCCCUGCAGUACCUGACCCAGUCGGACUGUCUGUUCGUGGGGACCAACAGUGACACCAGGCUGCCCCUGGAGGGGGGCAAGGCCGUCCCAGGUACCGGCUGCCUGCUGAAGGCUGUGGAGACGGCGGCGCAGCGUCAGGCGCAGACGGUGGGCAAACCCAACCACUUCAUGUUCGACUGUGUGGCCUCCAAGUUUGGCGUGGACCGCGAGCGCUGCCUGAUGGUGGGUGACCGCCUGGACACGGACAUCCUCCUGGGCUCCAACUGCGGCCUGAAGACCCUCCUCACCCUGACAGGGGUCAGCACCGUGGCCGACGCCGAGGCCCAUCAGAAGAGCGGCUGCGCAGAGAGGCAGGGGAUGGUGCCGGAUUAUUACGUGGAGAGCAUCGCCGACCUCCUUCCAGCUCUGCAGGGAUAAAACAGACUGUCAGGACUGGAGUUUAGUGACGUGACGUCACACGUCAGACUGUCUUCUAAAAGGGAAUAUUUAGAUUUAUAUGAUUAAAAGCAUCUCUGUAAGAGAGGAGACAAAGACUCCAAUAUUUAACUAAACCAUCAGUAAAACCUAAUAAUUUAACACAAUAUUAAAGAUUUAUUUUUAACAACAGCAGAACAAUGUAUUACAGUAUUGUUUCAAUGUGUUCAUUUUUUGGGAAAGGAGGAAGGAGAGUGUACUUUAGAGAUCACGUCUGUGAUGCAAUCUCCUCUAAAGCAACUACAAGUCAAACUGAAAGAAGGAAGUGAACACAAAGAGUCUGUCAACAGUUUCGUAAUGUGUGUGUGUGUGUGUGUGUGUUCGGGUUUACAGCAGUCUUUAAAUAACGCCACUAAAUGGGUGUGACCUCAGCAGGAAGUGCACACAGUUACAUUCACGGGACAGUGCAAUGAUACCUCAUGUCACUUCAUUAUACACGUUUUAAUGGUCUUCCUUCUGUGUUCUUCGACUCAUCAACGACUCCCGAGUCUCUGAAAGCAACGCUCCAAUCUGUAAUAAAACGCAAACUGUCUUUACUAAA